GCGGCCCCCGGCCGCGCAGCCCCCGGCGGCACGGCGCGCCCCGGCCGAGCAUGGAGCAGUAGCGGCUCGGCGCCCGGCCGCUCCGUACCGCCGGCCAUGGGUGCGGAGCGCAAGGGGGAGGCGGCGGCGCCCCGCGGCGGGGGCUGCGCCUGCGGCGGCAGCUGGCGGCUCUUCCUCGGCUUCUUCGCGCUGUCGCUGGCGCUGCACGUCCUGACGCUGGGCUGCUACCUGGAGCUGCGCUCCGAGCUGCGCCGCGACCGCGGCCCGCAGCCCGCCGCCCCGCCGCGCCGGGACGGGACGGCGGCAGCGCCGGGCUCCCCAGCCGCCGCCUGGCCGCAGCGGCCCGCCGAGGGGGCGGAGCGGCGCCAGCAGCUGGCCUUGCUGAACUUCUUUCACCCCGAAGAAAAGCUGCACGUUGGAGAAGAAGGUAGACGUGUCCGUCGAAAUAAGAGGAGUAAAGGCAGCGAAGGGCCAGAUGGUCCAAGUUCAGUGAAAAACAAGAAAAAGGGUAAGAAGGCUGGUCCUCCAGGGCCCAAUGGUCCCCAAGGGCCACCAGGUCCUCCUGGGCCCCAGGGUCCCCCUGGCAUUCCCGGCAUCCCCGGGAUUCCCGGUACAACCGUCAUGGGACCACCUGGCCCCCCUGGCCCCCCAGGCCCUCAGGGACCACCUGGACUGCAGGGCCCCUCAGGUGCCACAGACAAGGCCGGCUCCAGAGACAUCCAGCCAGCUGUGGUCCACCUCCAAGGCCAAGGCUCAGCAAUCCAAGUGAAGAAUGAUCUUUCAGGUGGAGUCCUCAAUGACUGGUCUCGCAUCACUAUGAACCCCAAGGUGUUUAAGCUGCAUGCCCGCAGUGGGGAGCUGGAGGUACUGGUGGACGGCACAUACUUCAUCUAUAGUCAGGUAGAAGUAUACUACAUAAACUUCACAGAUUUUGCCAGCUAUGAGGUGGUCGUGGAUGAAAAGCCCUUUCUGCAAUGCACUCGGAGUAUUGAGACCGGCAAGACCAACUUCAAUACCUGCUAUACAGCUGGGGUCUGCCUCCUCAAAGCCAGGCAGAAGAUUGCUGUGAAAAUGGUCCAUGCUGACAUCUCCAUCAACAUGAGCAAGCACACAACUUUCUUUGGGGCCAUACGCCUAGGAGAUGCACCAGCAUCCUAGACGAACUUGGCAUGUCCAAGGAUACUCACAGAACUGCACAGUGCUGCUGUUCAUAAGCGUAUCAGUAUUUCAGGGGGUUCUGUAAUCCGGCCAUAAAGAAAACUGAUCCAGAGCUAUUUAUUCCUAUAUGUGAAUGCAGGAAGCACAAUUGUCUUCUGUGACUUGCAUGGAGACUUGGAUCAAAAAGCUAGCUGAAAAAGCAUUGUGAGGAGGAAAGGCUGUUGUGUCUGCCUUGUCUCAGUAUUUCCAGUAUUACUGCACUGAUACUCUGCUCUGUGAUCUUCACACGAGGCUUGUUGAGAGUGGUGUGGGUCUCUGCUUUUAUGUUGCACUAGCAAGAGCAUCCCAGGCGGUAGCAGGAGAAGACAGACUAAUGUCCACAUUGUCCUAGCCAGGCACUCCUGCUUCUGCACACUAACGAAAGCAGGAAAGGGGGUUUCUGGUUUUCCGCCUUCCCAGUUGGAACUGGAAUGGCUGCGGGGUGCGAAGGGAGGUGAAUAAGACAGGGUCAGUGGUGUUUACAUUCAUCCUCAGGAGUGCGAGCAAAGAAGGCGAAGUGCCUCUACCUAGAGCUUGGAAGCAGGCUGCAAAAGCAGUAAGUGCAAGAGGAAGAUGAAUACUUAAUAGAGCAGGCUUAGCAGAUAGGAAACUGCCUCCACAUUCCAGAAAUAUCACAAAGUCCCAAAGAAAAUGCCGACUACCGGUUCCAGCGCCUCUGCUACUUUCAGCUCCUGCCAUUACCCCAGAGGUAUACCUUGCCCUAAUGGGGGCUGCCUUAAAGUACUGCUGCUGUUACAGCAAUUUGUGUUUUGUUGGGGGUUUUUGUUGGGUUGGGGUUUUUUUUUGGUCUUUUUAAUUAAUAUUUUGCAAACCAGAACACAUUUCUACAGGCUUCACCCAGCCAUGUAGAGCAGACACAAAUACUUGUGAAAACACUCUGAAGAAGUUUGUCAUGUUUAAGAAUAAAAUAUUCAAACAGGAAAUUUUUUUUCUGUUUUAAUAGCAACUGUCCCACUUUUAGAUGUGGUUUUUAUCCUUCCCUCCCCCCAUCCCUUUCCUUUUGGCACCCUUCUACCUAAAAUGUUCUAAUAAGUGGUGGUGAUGGAGUCUCUAGCAAAAAAAAAAAAAAAAAUGUAUUUAAAAAGUCUGGUCCAGCAUGAAGUCACCACUUUUUCUUUUCUCUGAGCCCUGCUGAGUCUAGUCAUAACUCGAUUUCUGGUGACUAAUAGAAGAGCUGGGAUGCUAUUGUUUCUUUUGGCUUCUUGAGCAACUCUCUCCCGUUACCUCCCCUCAACUGUGGAGACCUAAAGCUAUAAGAUGUGCUUGAGCUGAGGAAGAGGCUGAAGCGCUAAUUGCUCUUUUGUGUCAUGCCUUGGCUUGUUGCUUGGUUGUGUCGUUUUUGUUUUUUUUAAACUGGAUUUCUUUUCAGAACAUGUUUUUUCUUUGAAAACUAAAGAGGGUGAUGAAGUUUCAGCCUAUGUAGCGAACGGGACAAGUCACGAACCGGCGUCUCGGUGAUGACCUGCAUCUCCAAGCAGAGGUGUCUCAGCCGUGGUCACCUGCAGGGCCAUGGGAGCAGACGUGUCUCAGCACCGUGCUGUAGUGACUGAUCUGACCGCAGAAGGGUCCACCCUGGCUGAAGCAUUCUUGGCUCCAUCGCUUUCCCCCAUCCGUAGUGAGUGAUCUCACUUGCCAAGUAUUGCAGUUAUUGGGAGAUAAAUAUUUCUUGGGGGCACCCAGCUUUGGCUACAGCCUCGCUAUUCACAGGAGGCGUGCAGUUUGUAAAAUAACUGCUUGAAAAAUUGCCUGCUAUUUCUUUUUCAGUGUGUUCUUCUCCUUUCUAGCCUUAACAUGUUGGGCUACCAAGAGCCUUAGGGGCACUUAACUAGCCUUUGUGGUUUAUUUCCUUUAAAAUGGAUUAAGAAGGACAUGUUCCUUUGACAAGAAUGAAUCGGGACAACUGUGUAUAGUGAGAACAUUAAGCAAAUCGUUAACAGAAUUGCUUUAGAAUACAGCUUGAACAGCAAGACUUAGGGCAAGCAUAAACCAUGCGAGGGGCGGCUUGGGAGAGGACGAUGGGUGUAGUUUGCAUUCCUUGUCCCCCACUGGCAGGGUCUGUGAUGUGCUCCUGACUGUGGCUGCGGGCAGGAGGAGGCAGGGGCCCUUCUCUCCACCAAAGUCCUUUACAUCGUUGCUGAGUUCCCUCUCUGGCAUGUGCCUGGAAUGCGGGACGAGAGCAGAAGGGAGAGGUUCCUGCCAUGGAAAGUGUUAACGGGCUUUUUCUGUUGCUGGCGUUACACCGAAGCAUGAGCUCGGUGUAGGUGAGUUGGAGAUGUGGAGUUGGAUUCGGGUAUGGAGUUGGAGAGCAGAGACUACCUGACUGCAGGUGGCCUUGGUGCCACAAGAGCCAUGUUCAUCCCGGAGAUGAGCGGGCGGAUCGCCAGUCCUGCAGCAGCCGAAGAGUCUGUAUACUUGAAGCCCUUUGGCCUCUCCAGCAACAAGUUCUCGUUAGUGCGGUAUUACAGUGCAGGUUACCUAGGCUGUAGUAUAGACUCUUCUAUAUGAUGCUUCUCCAGAUGGUGUCCCACCAUCUUUGGUGCCUCUUCCCCUUAACUGGAGCCAAAAAGGGCCUGGAAGCAGCUCAGAGGAGCAUGAGGAGGAUGCGCAUGGGAGGUUUUAGCAAACUCCAGCAGGAACAGGGCCUUGCUCCAGUCUUUCCGUCUGAUGUCUUUGAAUGUUGGUGUAUCUCGGUUCCUAGUCUGGUUGAGAAGGAGGUGCUUCGUUUAUAGACAGACUUCUGCGUAUCUGAGACGGCGGACACACAAGCCUUCCGUGUGCCAGCCUUCCUCUCCGGCGGUACUUGCUGGCUCUGCUCUUACCUGCGUGCCUUGGCUCUGCUGCCCAACUUUCGGCUGGACUCCAGCUGCAGAAACAUAGCGAACAGCUCAUCGGUACGUAACGCAUCGUCCGAAACCCUUCUCUCUCCCAAGCUCCUCUCUACAGAGGCAAUGUCUAGGGAAGCUGGCUUGGCUGUUGUGUUCAGGCCCCUUUUUGAGGGAAGGAUUCCUUUCAGUAAAGGCUUUAGGUCACGACUCCUUGCCCAAAACUACCCGGCCCUUGCUCGCCUCCAGCACCCGCCUUGCCCAGGUAGGCGGCCGUGGUCUCCCUGCCACCCUGGCCCCAUCAGGGGACGUGGCAUCAUCCUGCCACCGAACGCAGCAUUGGCUGGUUAGAAAAGGGCACCGGAGCUGCCCCGGGAGGGGGAUGGGCAGAGUGCAUUGGCUCAUCCGUUUUUCUUCCCCUCUUUCACAGCAAGAGGAGGAGCGCGGGGGGUCGGUCCCCCCCACUGCAGGCUGGUGGCCGCUGGCUCCCGUCCUGGCCCCAGGCUGUCCUGGCGCAGGCUUUGGGGGAAAGGGGAAGGGACAGCUGCAGCUGCGCCUCGUGGCUGUGCCCACUUACAGCCUCACCCCCACCGUGCCAUCCCCACCCCCCAUGUCCAUCACUCUCUCUCAGACACCCCAAUGAAAGCGUAACGGUAGAGGAGGUGUGGGAAGAGGGACACGAGUCCCCCCGUUACCCAUUAGAGCUGCACGGUGAUAUACUGAUGCUGUUUUGUGCUUCGGCAUCUUUAUUCAAGACACUAUCUGUAUAUAAAAUAUACAUAAUGUAUAUAAAUUAGGAUGUAAGUUUAUGUAAAUUGUCAAUAUUUUCUUUGCAAAUAAAGCUUUUUCCUGA